CUGUUUUGGUGUGCACAUUCACUCGGAGAUUGCAGUAUUACUCUCUCGCUAAGAUUAAUGGGAGUUUACUCCCAAACAUAGACUUGGUUUACAACUUCCUGGGGUGGCGGGUGGGGAAUUAAAGUUUUCAGUGGUUGUUUUGAAAGGGGUGGGAUUAUGAGUAUUUUACUUGGGUUAAUUCCUUAUGCACGUGGUAAGGGAAGGAGAAGGUCACAAUGUGGCUCUGACUUCAGGAUAGUUUUUGUUCUCUUAAAGAUACUUGUGGAGGUGGUGCAGUAUGUUCCUGAUAAAUGAACAUUGUAAACAAGUUGCCACUGAAUAGCUCACCAUAUGUUAUUUGUUUUCUUAAGUCUUUGCUUUUCUCUCUCUGGAUUCCAAUUUGGCCUUUCCAAGUGCCAAGUUUAUUCUACCAGAGGACACAAUUGUUGUCUUGCCAACUUGUGACUUCACAUCAGAGAAGAGUUGUAGUGUUAAUUUUCAUAAGCAGGUGAGCUAUUCAAAAAUAGUGCAUGACGACUUUGCAGCAAAAUUGCCUCUGAAGAGAGGAAGACCACAGGUAUAUGGCAUUGUAUACAUUAUUAACUGAGCUCAGAGGGGCCUCUAAAAGUUCCAUCCUGCUGUAAAUUGCAAUAGCAUCUUAUAUAGAUUAAGGCUUUAAUAAGAAUAUUUUGCCGCAACUGAGGUCUGACUAAUGGGAGGGAGACUCUCCCCCAAAGAUUACCUUACUGGUGGUACUUGAAGCUGUGUAUUAUAGUUAGCAGUGUUGUUUGCAGGCAUAGGCAACCUUGGCUCUCUCCAGAUGUUUUGGAAAUACAACUCCCAUGAUCCCUAGCUAACAGGGCCAGUGGUUAGGGAUCAUGGGAGUUGUAGAUAAUAUUUUUCAGAAACCCUGUUCACAUUAUGUAUGGCAGACAGGUGUCAGUGAUAUGGUCUUGGUGAGUCUGACCCUUGCUGAGUUGCAAUGUUGGGCCAAUUUCUCAGAGAAAACUGUCUGCUGUGACUUUGAUAUACUGUAUACCCCUUAAUUGUAAAUCUGAUUUGAGAGGCCAAGUGCUGUGCAACUUCCAUUUAUGCCACUAUCAGCAGAAAGAUUUUAAGAUCCAUGUGUAGCACUGAGCUCUUCUGUUCUAAGGGGUUGGACAGGAGGGCUAAUGCUGAGUCUGGGAUAAUCAGAUGGCACAAAAUAUCAGCUAUUAUUCCAAAUAUAUUCUUGUCAAAAGAUUUGCUCCCUGGGGCAUGACAGCCAUAGAUGAAUUAAGGAACCAUCCUUCUUGCACCCUCUUCAGCAAUGAGGAAAGGGGACACUGAGAAGAGAUGGCACUCUUAAUUCAGUGAGGUCUGACAGCAGUAUAGUUCUACUUGCAGAUUUGAGCUUAUCUUCCCUGAGCAAGAAACCCUGUGAAGUCAUGCCAUCACUAUACUAAUGACUUGUAGCUCUACUUCUCCAUAACAUCUAUGUCAGUAGAAGCUGUGCAUGGUAUCGUUCUGGAGCAGCUGUCCAAGUUAGGGGAAGUAAGCACCGCUUUGCAGUGGUUCCAAUCCUACUUGGAUAGUAAUUUCCAGAGGGUGAUACAUGGGGAGUGCUUUUUGGCCCUGUCAAGCCUUCAAUGCGGGGUUCCUCAGAGUCUGAUUUUAUCCCCCAUGCUGUUCAACAUCUACAUGAAACCACUGAGUGGGGUCAUCCAGAGUUUUGGAGUAUGUUGUGAGCAAUAUGCUGAUGACAUGCAGCUCUACAUCUCCUUUACAUCUGCAGGUGUGGCAGUGGAGGUGUUGGACCGUUGUCUUGCCUUGUAAUGGACUGGAUGAGAGCCAAUAACUGAAGCUCAAUCCAGAUAAGACAGAGGCACUGUUAGUGAGUGGUUCCCUAGGCCAGAUGGAUGGGAGGUUGCCUGAUAUUGAUGGGGUUACACUCCCUUUGAAGUGGGUAUGCAGCUUAGAGGUACUUCUGGAUCCGUUGGUGUUGCUUGAGGCUAGGUAGCUUCUGUGGCACAGAAUGCCUUCCAACAGCUUUGGCUGGUGGCCCAGCUGCAACCCUCUCAGGGCAAGAAUAGCCUAACUUGUGUUGUCUAUGCUCUGGUAACCUCUAGGUUAGAUUACUGCAACAUGUUAUAUGUGGGGGUGCCUCUGAAGAUGGUUCAGAAACUUUAGCUGGUGCAGAAUUCAGUAGCUAAGUUGCUCACUGGGGCAAAAUGACUUGAGCACUUGCUGCCAAUUAGUUUCUGGGCCCAAUUCAAAGUGCUGGUUUUGAUCUAUAUACCCUUAAAUGGGCUCAGGACCCCAGCACCUCAAGAACUGACUCUCCCCAUAUGAAUCAACCCAGACCCUGCAAUCAUCACCCGAGGCUCCUCUUCAUAUGCAUCCUCUGCAAGUCUAGAGGGUGGCAACACGAGAACAGAAAGUGUUCGGGUUCAAGCAGGUGAAGAUUGAGUAAACUGGUUCAGCAGACCUGAACCAACUGGUUCAGUUCCAGUUCAUGUAUGAAAACUUGCUUGUCAUUUACAUAGGUGGAGAUAUUCAGCAGUGCAGUAUUGGAUCCUGUUCUUAACUCUGUAUGGUUACACAUACAGUACUGGAUAGAAAAACUGCAGGAUGUUGGAACCUAGUGGGGCGGAUACACAGGCAAAACACUUGGUGAUCUGGAUUAUUUAUCCUAAGAGAUGUAAUAGGAGUGAAUUGAUUCCUUUUAAGAAUUCUGUUCUCUUGGUAGUAUCCAUCCAUCCAGCCCUAUGUUUCUGGAUUCCCUCUUUAUUGUCUCAUCGAGAAUAAGGACACUGGGAGGCUGCUGGACUAUGUACUAACUGUCUGGGUCCCUUUAAGCCAAAUUAUCACAGAAGCAGCCUGUUUGUCAGGAAUCUUACUGUUUAAUCAACAACUAUUUGCAUCCUGACCCAUAGGUCAAAGGUUAGAAAGAUUGGGUUUUGACCACUUUAAUAGGGACACAGACUGCUGCAGUGCUGAACCAUGGGGGAAGCAUUUUGCAGUGCACAUACAUUUCUUCCUCUCCCUGCCUAUUUCCUCCACUUAGCUGUAAAGCUUCAGUCUCUGUCCUGCCUCCUGCUUUCCAGACAGAGGGCAGAGUAUGGAGGACAAAUCCAAAAUGUAUAAAAACUCUCCCAGUUACUGGUUUCCUAUAUACAUGGUAAAUUCUGGUUGUGGCAACUGCAUGUAUCAUUGCAGUGUUGUUGAUGGGCUUUUUUUUUAAAAGGUAGAACCUUAUUACCUGAACCGUAAUGACUCUCAAGGGGUUUGUGUGUUCUGUUCACGUUCAUUGAAAAUUUUCUGAUAAUCAAAGCAAUAAAUAGUUGGUUUGGUGUUGAAUUUAAAUCCCUAGUUCUGUGAAAUUGCAGUGCUCCAGAUUAGCGGGCUCUGGCAUCCAUUGUGAUCUUUGGGGAUGUGACGUUCUUUUGUAAGGAGGCAUAUCUGAUGGCAACCCUAUCUGAGCUUGGGGCAUUGUCCUAUUCAGUGGCUGUAGGGCCAAGUGCUGGCAGAGAGAGCUUAAUGUGUUAAUAUGGUUAUACGUAUAAUGAUGCAUGUUACCAAAAUAAAUUGCAGAUGCAUUUGUGCAUUGAAUAUGAUUUUCAGUUUUGGCUGUUUCAUCUUAAAAUUGUAGAACUGGAAAAGAUGCAGGGGUGGGCAGAGUAUAGAAGGCCUUUCACAUGAGAAGAAUGUAAACCUACUGAGAGCCAUUGGAACAGAUAACCAACACCUAGCUCACCUACCCAAGUGAAGAGAAGGAGAGGAUGGCCCAGAUUCUCCAGAUGGAGAUCCCCAACUUUGGUAACAGCAUCCUGGAGUGCCUGAACGAGCAGCGAUUGCAGGGCCUGUACUGUGAUGUCUCGGUGGUGGUGAAGGGCCAUGCCUUCAAGGCACACCGGGCUGUGCUGGCUGCCAGCAGCUGCUACUUCCGGGACCUUUUCAACAACAGCAAGAGCACGGUGGUGGAGCUUCCUGCUGCUGUGCAGCCCCAGUCCUUCCAGCAGAUCCUCAGCUUCUGCUACACCGGCCGCCUCAGCAUGAACGUAGGCGACCAGUUCCUGCUAAUGUACACUGCUGGGUUCCUGCAGAUCCAGGAGAUUAUGGAGAAGGGGACUGAGUUCUUCUUGAAGGUCAGCUCGCCCAGCUGCGAUUCCCAAGGCUUGCACACCGAGGAGGCACCUUCCUCUGAGCCACAGAGCCCCGUGGCACAGACCUCCACCUGGCCCUCCGGCAACACCCCCCUGCCCCUGGUCUCUCGCGUAAAGACGGAGCAGCAGGAGUCGGACUCUGUCCAGUGCACAUUUGUGGUUAAGCGGCUCUGGGAAAGCAGCCAGAAGGAAGGGGGAGGCGGAGGUGGAGGUGGAGGUGGCAGUAACGGCAGCCGCAAAAUGGCCAAGAUCUCCUCGCAGCAGGAGCUGAGUGGGGGUAACCGGCAGGCUCAGCAGCAGCAACAGCAGCAGCAGCAACAACAACAGCAGUCUCAACAGCAGGGGGCGCUAACGGGAGGCGGUGGAGGGGCAGGUGUGGUCAGUGGCCCCAGCACAUCAGACCAGACGAGCCCUGGUACCUCCAGUGCCUACACUAGUGACAGCCCCAGUUCCUACCACAAUGAGGAAGACGAGGAGGAGGACGCUCCCGAGGAGGGCACUGACGAGCAGUACCGGCAGAUCUGCAACAUGUACACUAUGUACAGCAUGAUGAAUGUAGGCCAGACGGCAGAGAAAGUGGAAGCGCUGCCAGACCAGGUGGCCUCCGAGUCUCGCAACCGGAUACGGGUGCGGCAGGAUUUGGCUUCACUGCCCGCUGAGCUCAUCAACCAGAUUGGAAACCGGUGCCACCCCAAGUUGUACGAUGAGGGGGACCCAGCUGAGAAGCUGGAACUUGUGACAGGCCUUGUCUCUUUUCCCUGCUUAGGUACCAACGUGUACAUCACCCGGGCACAGCUGAUGAACUGUCAUGUCAGUGCUGGGACACGACAUAAAGUGCUUCUCAGACGACUCCUAGCAUCUUUCUUUGACCGGAACACCCUUGCCAACAGUUGUGGCACUGGAAUCCGCUCCUCCACCAAUGACCCUAGCCGGAAACCCCUCGACAGCCGGGUGCUGCAUGCUGUGAAGUUUUAUUGCCAGAACUUUGCCCCCAACUUCAAGGAGAGCGAGAUGAAUGCAAUUGCUGCUGAUAUGUGCACGAACGCGCGGCGCGUUGUCCGCAAGAGCUGGAUCCCCAAACUGAAACUACUGAUGGCCGAGGGCGACACUUACACCACCUUCAUCAAUGACACUGGCAAGAUGGAGCCAGACAUCAUGGGGGUGGAGCACAGCUUCGAGACGGGCAGCCAUGACGGUGACGCAGGCACCUCCACCGAGGGCCUCCAGUAAAAACAUGCCCAAUCUCUUUCCCCCACCCCCAGUCGAUGGUUUUUAUUUCCUAAUUUGAUUUUUGUAGAAUCGUUUUCCCACCUUUAUUUCAUUUCUUCCCUCUUCCCCCCCCUCCCCCGUCGUUGGUUUUUGUUUUUGUUUCGGCAGAGGAGAAAGAGCAUUGUGCCUUCUCCUUUAAAUAUAUAUAUAUAUAUAUACAUAUAUAUAUAUUCUUAAACAUGGGCCUUGCUUCCUCAGGCGCCACAGGUAGUACGAGCUCAGAGGGGAGGUCCUGCUGCUGCAUUGGCAGUUCUGGCUGGCAUUUUCUCCCCCAUCCCUUCCCUCUGUCCUUGUUGUGCUAUAAAUUGUUCUUGGGUAUAUUUUAGUAGAUUUUUUAAAUUAAAAAAAAUACCAAAUCCAUUUGCAAAUGGAGGCCGUGAUCCAGGGAGGUCUUAUCCCAGAGUGCUGCCUCUUCCUUCAUCAGCUCGGGUUCUCUCCAGGCAGGUCUCUCUCUAACUUAGACUGAUCAUCGUCAAGCCCAGGCAUCCCCAAACUUCGGCCCUCCAGGUGUUUUGGACUACAAUUCCCAUCAGCCCUGACACCUGGUCCUGUUAGCUAGGGAUCAUGGGAAUUGUAGGCCAAAACAUCUGGAGGGCCGCAGUUUGGGGAUGCCUGGUCAAGCCUUUUCCUCAGGUUCAUACCAGAGAGUGGGAAAAUCCUAGUGCCAUGAUAAAUGCGAACAGGGAAGGGACUGGACCCCAGUGCUGUGCUCAUGUUAUCCUUACUCUUCUUGGCUUCCCUCCACUCUUGCACAGCAUGGCAAUUCCACUCCUGCCAUUCUGAGUACACUCCCUUUUCCUUACUCUAUUUUCUCUCUCUUUCUCCCCCUCCCUCCCGCCCUCUCAGACAUACCUCCCCUUACUUUUUCUGUCUUCUAGACCUUAUGUACCUUCCCCAUCCAUUAUCUGUCUUGGAGGUUUUGACCAGCCUACCCUACUGAACUAAGAACAUAUACGGGAAGUCUGUUUGGCAGUGCAGCCCUUCCAUAUUUUGAGUGGCACACAGUCAUGACGGGAACAAUGUGCAAACUAUUCACUUUUCAGCCAGUCUGUGGAACAAAUAGCAGCACUGCUAAUUGAAAUGCCAACCUUUUCUGCCACUUCAGCUAAAUUGGCUCAAAUGUCACAAGGUUUGGGAAUCAGGUUUUGAAGAAAAAGGAAAGCCAAGGGAGAAAGCAUCACGUUUCCUCCCCCUAGAAGUGCCAGGCGUUACCCAGUAUGCAAGGCUGCCUUUGACCUUAGCUCCCCGCCCAGCACCAGGUAAUGAAUCAGUGUGAUAUUUUGCCUCUUUCCUUCCCCUGCUCCCUUAGUGAUGCUUCCGAGUCAUAUUUGGUGCAUAGCAGAGGAGCCAGCUCCUAGCGACCGAGGUCCCUUCGCUCUCCCCAUAAAAUAUUUGACGGAGCUGCCCCCCCCCAACUUGAUAGGCAUUGUAAUCCAAAUAGUGGUGUGAAUGCUAAGUCAUGUCAUCGAUUAUGCAGGGCGGGGUUUACCAGCCCCCUUCCCCCCAUAUUUUAUUCAAGGUGGCACCCCCGGUGCAUAAUGAAGAACUCCUAUCCCCUGGUUCAUAGGGACAUUUUGAGAAGGGAAGUACAUUUAGAUGGGAAGCAAGCACAUUUAGGUUUCUACCCUGAUUGCAGCAAAGCUCCUCUCCCUCUUUCUGCAUUUCUCUUUGUAUGGUCUAAGAAUAAUGACUUUGAAUUAAAUUGCGAGAAUCUCUCUCCUGUCUAGAAACUGGUUAUUCUUACUAGGAAACAAAGUCUGCAGUUCUCUCCGGAAAUGGUUGGCCUUCCUUUGAGCAAACUGUGAAAUGGGAGGCAAUCUUUUUAAUAAAAAGAAUUACAGCUCUUUUUUUUAAAGAGGGUGGAAACUCCUGUCCAUGAAUUUCCAAGAGAAUAAACUCCAGAGCAGUAGUUGUCCCCAGUAGCAAAAAGAUGGCAAAUGCUGUGACAUCUUGGAGACUAACUGGCUUAUUAUUUUAAGCUGGGCUGGCUAUCUCAUGUCGACUAAUCUGUCAGUUGAAGCAAGCCUGGACUGGGGAAAGUCCCAUUUCUCUUAAGGGAGGGCUAGCAGUGGCCGCCUGGGCUCAGGCCACUCUUUCUUUGUGAAGAGGAAGCGAGGCUAAGCAGGCCCAGUUACCUCUUGUGAAAUAACUCCUUUACAAUGUUUGAUAAACUGUUCUAGUGGGUAGUACCAACUCUGUGCUGGAUAUGUUACAGCCAAAGUUGCAACACUCAGAUUCCACCAGUUCUGAUAUGGAGACCGGUAACAAAAAUUGAAUAUCUUGUUGUUAUGAAAAGGGCUCAAAAGCAGCCUAGCAUAUAGAGGGCACUUCACUCUGAGUGGUCCUAAUCAAGCACUGGCAGUUACUCCAUGUUGACAAGUAGGGUGGGGUAUAUUUUAACUUCUUGUAGGCAAGCUCAGAGUACAUUUAAUUUUGUGGCACAGGAGGAACGUACCUUGUAGUGGCUGCUUCGCCUACUAGUACAAAUCUAUGCUCACUUCUUCACUAAUUUUACUUGUGUUUCUGUGCCCAGGAGAGAACAUUUGCAACACUAAGGAUGCAAUCCUAAGCAUACCUAACUGGGAAGUGGGUCCCGUUGAACUGAGUGGGAUAUACUUCUGAGUAGACAUGCCCAGGGUUGCACUGCAAGGAUACAUUUUGGGUCUUGAUAUUUUAGUCAGAACUCUCCUUAGGUAACUUGACAAAAUGGCUACCAACCAGCUGCAUGACUGGAAAGUUAUGUACAAUACAGUGUGGCUUUUGAAAUACUAAGAUGGCAUGCAUCCAUUUUGUAUGUCCUACAACGUUGCUUCAUCGUAUAAAGGACUUGGCUUCUACUUCAGGGCAUAUUUUUGGCUUUCUUUUGUCUGCACAGUUGGCAGUCUUAGCUGUUGUUUCUUUAAUGAGUUAUUUGAUACUAAAAGCAGGACAUUUUCCUUUCUUUCCACUGGAGGGAGACAAAGACAGAGAUGUGAAUAUGUUAGAAGGAAGCACUGUUUAAAUGAGCAGUCAUUUUGGCUUUGGCGGCAGGAGACUGAGGCUGGAUGCGUAGCAUUCCCCAUUUGCUCCAUGUUGGCCCAGCACAGUUGUAUUUCACUUGCUGUGAAAUGGUUGUUUGUAUGUUUGUUUUUAAAUAAAAAAGGGCUGGCAAUAAUCUAAACUUACCAUAGGCAGAUCUACAUUUCAAACCUAAGUCAGGUUUAUACUGCUUUAAAUGACAUGACUUCUCCAGGGAAAUCACGGGAAUUGUAUUUUUAUGAAUUUGCUGAGAAUAUUCUUUUUCAGUCUUUCCCAGAAUUACCAUUCCAGUGCCUCCGUUGGUGGAAACCCAUGAUAAACUGGGUUUCUUUAGCGAUGCAGCCACACACUAGCUGGUGACUGUGUCAGCAUUUGCACUGCACUUGGAGGAAUGGAUCACAUUUUGCCAAGAUCUGAAAGCGUAAAUGUUGGCAUUGACACAAUUCUGACAUAACACUAAGUUCUCGCUUUCUUUCAGGCCAUUUCUUCUCCUUUCCCACUAGCUGCUUUUAAACAGGAAAGGGUUAUUUUAUCACCCAGCAUGCCCUAUUUUUCUAUUGCAUUGUAUGGUCAUGUACCGUAUGUACUUAAGCUCACUCAUUUUACCCUUGUAUUUUUCCCUGAAGAAGUUGAAGUGAUAGAAAAGUAACAUUUAAAAACAUAGGUAUUCACUACAAAAAAAGUGGCAAUCUCAUUCUAAUUUUCUUAAUCUGAUUUCUCAGAUAGUUCUAGAGGGGAAAUUUAAUGAGAUGAUUGGCCUUGUUCUAAGCCAUGCUGAAUAUGAACAUGGAACAAAAUAAGACAUCAAGGCAUCUGUCAACCUAAUCUAGAAAAAAAGAAAAACAUGUGUAAGCAACUAUACAUAUACAUUGCCCCUGGAUGCACACCUGCAUGUUCAUCUAAGUGUUGCUGAAUGGCUGGGUUAAUAUUUUAAUGCACAUGGCGCCACCAUUUGUGAUGGGGUGAUGAAGUUACUAGUUGCACUCAAAUCCAGUUGCAUAUGGCCCAAGUCCCUCUCCUGCAAAUGCCAGGCUAUUGACUUUAUACACACAUCAUUACACUGGCUAACUGAUGGCAUCAUACUCUCUUCUCUUCUUUCUCCCCCACCCCACCAAACCUCUCCCAUUUGACUUUUAAGUUCUAAAUUGUACAAGUUCAGAUAGAUUUCCCUCUCCUCUCUCCCAGUGAUGGCAGAGCUGGAAUUUGUAACAGAACUCUCUCUCUCUAGAGAAUCAAGUUGGAGAAUUGAAGGUUGGGUGGCUUUUAUUUGGUUUGGAAAUUACUCUGAAAUUCUAGGUAAAUGUGGUGGGAAAGGUUGGAACGCUUUCCUAUGUUACUCUUCACGUACUAGUCCUUGUGUGCCCACUUUUCUCCAUGACCUUCACGUAAGGCCAUUAUUGGAAGAAGCACUCUUUAAAAAACACUGUGGCAGGGCUACAGCCUUACCUGAUCCAGUAAAUUAAGCUUGAUUUUUUUUCUCCCCAUGAUCAAAAGAAGAAGAAAAAGACUUCUGGGAUUGGGUGGUAGAAACUGGAUCAUAUCAAAGCAGGACAAGCCCCCAAAUCUCACUUUGAAUCCUGUUAAAGAACGCUUGGCUUCCAAAGAAUGUUCGCAAGCCGGUUGCAAACACUCAGUUCCGGGUUUGUGGCGUUUGGGAGCUAAAACAUUCAAGUCGCAAGGCAUUUGAGAUCCAAGGUACGACUCUAUUUGCUUUUUCCUUAUCCUGAUGCUAUUCCCAGUUUUGCAUCCGUUAUCUUGAAAUGAUUAUAUUGUCUUGUUGCAAGUAACCAAAUGGUGUUGCAAUUGAACUGAGAUAGGACAAAGAAACUUCACAUUCUUGCUCAUUUCUACAGCUCUUUUAUUCUGCCUCAAUUCCCUCUCCUCUCUCGUGCUUUUUUUUUUUUUUGCAAGACAGAUGCAGGUGGUGGUCAUUUUAUAUCAUCCGGGUGUUGCAAAUGCAAGCGGUCAAUCAGCAAAGUUUGAGUUGUACCUUUUGUAUAUCAGCCACGAGGUCUGAUUCCUUUAGAGCUUUGGAAAGAACACUUUUUAACCUACUAUUGGAGUUUGGAAACAUCUGUAGAAAGUAAGUGUUCAAUCAAACCAAUAAGUUAUUAUGUAACUGGCCUGAGAACCUUCUUGAUCCUUCUUCCUAACAUAAAGCUGUUUAGAUAUGGACAGCAGUGUGCAUGGAAAUUACAAGGAUGCUUGGGGGAAGAGUCCAUAGGUCAGGGGUAGAACAAAUGAUUUGCAUGCAGGUUCAAUCUCUGGCAUUUUCAGGUAGGGCUGGGGAUGACAGCACAGACAAAAUUUAGCUUGAUGGACUAAUGGUCUGACUCUGUAUUUGACAAUCUGUGAAAGGGAAGGAGGAACCGACCAACUGAUGUAGCUUCUUGACAUUCAAGGAUCUGACUUAGAAAGUUGAAGCUUCUGGCGGCCCCCUUGCUGAAUGAAAUAGACUCAGCUUCUUCUAGCUUUAUGGUGAACACUGACUCCUCACGGAGGAAAGGCGGAGAGCGGAUUGUGCAAUAAUGGUGGGCCUGCUGAAGAUCAGCUGGUUUUAUUGGGGUCCCUGUUUUUCAGAGGGAAAGGGAGAAGGCACACCAUACCAACCAGUUCAUUUUUAUCUAUCCCAGAAGCAUUUUGGUGCCAAGGGUGGGUUCUAGAGAAGCUAGUGGAGUGAAUCUCAUUUGGGAAGGACGCGAGUAGCGCUGUGGUCUAAACCACUGAGCCUCUUGUCUUGGGCUUGCCGAUCAGAAGGUCGGCGGUUCAGAUCUACAUGUUGGAGUGAGCUCCCGUUGCUCUGUCCCAGCUUUUGCCAACCUAGCAGUUCGAAAGCACACCAGUGCAAGUAGAUAAAUAGGUGCCACUAGGGCGGGAAGGUAAAAGGCAUUUCCGUGUGCUCUGGUUUCCGUCACAGUGUUCCAUUGUGCCAGAAGCGGGUUUCUCAUGCUGGUCACAUGACCCGGAAAGCUGUCUAUGCACAAACGCCAGCUCCCUUGGCCUGAAAAGCCAUAUGAGUGUCACACCCCAUAGUCACCUUUGACAGGACUUAACCAUUCAGGGGUCCUUUACCUUUUUUCUUUUUUUUUACCUUUACUCUGAAUCUCAUUUGGCUGAACUUAGGUGAGCAAUUUUAUUUACACUGGAACAUGGAACAGAAUAAUCUCCUGCAGCAUUUGUCUGCAUGUAGUAGGGUUGUUGUUGUUGUGUUU